AUGAACAUGCUGAACAGCCACCACUUUUUGAACUUCUUGCCUACCAUACGCCUUUUCAUCUUAUUAGCAGCUUUGACAGCUGCUGAGGAUGUGACUAGUAGCACUUUAAAUCACACUGACAUGAACUUGGGAUCUGUACCUGUGAUUAUCUCCAUAGUUGAUCAUAUUACAGUCAAGGAAGGGAAUAGUGCCUUGAUUGACUGCAAUGUCGAAGGAAAUCCUGCUCCACAUUACAAAUGGUACAAUUCCAAUGGUUGUUUGCUGAAGGAAGAAGAGAACAGUGGAAAAUGGUGGUUUCUUGACAAUGGGCUACUGAACAUUACCAGCGUGUCUUUUGACGAUAGAGGUAAAUACACAUGUGUUGCUUCUAACAUCUAUGGCACUGUGAAUAAUACUGUGACUCUGAGGGUCGUCUUUACCUCCGGAGAUAUGGGGAUCUAUUACAUGAUUGUCUGCCUCAUAGCUUUUACCAUUGUUAUGAUCUUGAACAUUACCAGGCUGUGUAUGAUGAGCAGCCAUCUGAAGAAAACUGAGAAAGCAAUCAACGAGUUUUUCAGAACAGAAGGAGCAGAGAAACUACAAAAAGCCUUUGAGAUUGCUAAGCGUAUCCCAAUCAUCACCUCAGCCAAAACUCUUGAGCUUGCCAAAGUAACCCAGUUCAAAACCAUGGAAUUUGCUCGCUACAUUGAGGAACUUGCCCGAAGUGUUCCUCUGCCACCUCUCAUCAUGAACUGCAGGACUAUAAUGGAAGAAAUCAUGGAGGUGGUUGGCUUGGAAGAACAGGGACAGAACUUUGUACGGCAAGCAGCAGAAGGCCAGGAGACUACUGAUGGAGAUGAUAUGUUUAUGAUUCCUAAUGCACUAAAGCGCAGCGACUCUCCCACAGCUGACUCUGAGGCAUCAUCACUGCAUGAACCACCACAGCAGAUUGCGAUAAAAGUGUCAGUUCAUCAGCUGUCCAAAAAGGACUGUAUAGAUGACCAGUCACAAGACAGUGUGCAAUUAGAAAUUAAGGAAGAAGAGAUUCCUCAAACACCAGCAUCUCCUACUGACCCAAUUCCUGAGCCUUCUACUGAACUAAACUCCAAUGAUAUAGCAUUGGCAACUGACAAAAAUACGUGUUUUAUUUAUGAAAGCCAUGUAUGA